AAGAAUGAAGAAUUUAAUGAUAGUAAGUGCAUUAACCAAAUAAGUAAAUUUGUGUGCAUUAUCAUCUUUUCUUAUUCAGCUCUUCUACUUGGAUUAGCAAACUCUAUUUAAACAACCGCAAACUAUUGAUUUUUGGCCAUCCCAUUGCACAACAUUUGUUUUUUCUCUCCUUUUGCAUCUGCCUUUUCACCCAAGAAGAAGAAAAUGUGUUAUUCCUAUAAAAUCUCCCUUGGUCUCGUCUGCUUCUACUUCCUUGGCUUUGGCACUAUCAUGGCAGCGCCGGCGUGUCGCAACAAACCGAUGUUAUUCAACUUUGGUGAUUCGAACAGCGACACAGGAGGCGCUCCUAUUCUUGCCGGGAUGCCGCUCGAGCUCCCGGCAGGACGCACGUUCUUUCACGAGCCAUCCGGCCGUUUAUGCGAUGGUCGUCUCAUCCUCGACUUUCUUUGUGAGAGUCUAGGAACAAAGUACUUGACUCCCUAUUUGGAGUUGUUUGCAACGGAUUUCUCAAACGGUGUCAACUUUGCUUUAGCCGGCUCCGACACUCUCCGCCGAGUUAACCCUCUCAUUCCCUACACGCUGCAAGCCCAAACCACUCAAUUUACUCUCUUUCAUAACGUCUCCAUCCGCCGCGGCUCCAUCGACCAAAUCAAAUCUGCGCUCUUCAUGUUGGACAUCGGUCAAAACGACAUGCAUGGCAAUUUUAUGAAUAAUAAAACGUUUCAACAAGUCCUCACCCUUAUCCCCGAUGUCAUCUCCAACAUUAGAGAUGCUAUGCAGACGAUGUAUCGGCUGGGCGGGAGAAACUUUUGGGUGCACAACACGGGCCCGUUGGGGUGCAUGCCGUCUAGCGUAGACCUUAUAAAUGCUUCAACGGUGGUGGACCAGUUCGGCUGCGUUUCCGACAUGAACAAAGCCGCUGCCCAACUGAACUCGGAGCUCGAGCGUCUCUGUCGGGAGCUGCGGUCGGAGAUGGGCGACGCCACCAUCGUCUACGUCGAUAUCUACUCCAUCAAGUUGGACUUGAUCGUCAACUCGACGUCGUAUGGGUUCAACAAUGCUUUCGAACAGUGCCGGGGUCGGGCGCAGGGUGUAUGCCCAGAGGGGUCGCGGUAUGUGAGCUGGGAUGGAAUCCAUUACACAGAGGCGGCCAAUAUGUUGGUUGCAUCCAAAAUACUUUCUACUGCUUACUCUACCCCGCCUCUCCCAUUUAAUUUCUUUUGCAACUAAUUUCAAUUACUAUCAUUAACUAUGUCGUGCUGCAUUUUGUAAAUUGCUCCCUAUGUUCCAGCUUUUAGUAUCCAGUUGAAAGUGACACGAGUUUUAAUAAAGUGAUUGAGUGCGUUGUGAGUGGAA